UUCCAAUUUAUUCAAUAAUACUUUAAGGUCCUGAAGGGAUUUAACGAGGUUGUCCAUUUCACCCUCUUGAUACGAGUGUGAUGACCAUCUUACACCCCUUUUCAUUGCUGUCAUGAGAACAGACAAUUCGCCCCUUACAAUAAAAAUUCCAUUGCCUGGCAAAACCAUUUUUUUUGUUUAAUUUUUAAAAAAUAUUAGUUUUUUAUUCCAUUGAAAAAUAUGAUAGCACAGAAACGUAUUUCCAAUACUCGUGUCACACUAAAUGUCAAACAUGUAUGUCAACAUUAUUGGUCAACAUCGUCAACAUUUUUCUUUGUUUUCUCUUUAUUGCAUUGUCAAAUGCUGAUCUAUGGUAUGCUUAUGCCAAAUGCAAAUGUUUAUCAAAUGUUUUUUGUGAUCUAUUAGUUGAUGUUUCUGAUCCAUAGAAAUAGAAAUAACGUUAUCUGUUUAUGGCUAUAUGGUAUAUGACCGUUAUAGAGUAUGGACAUUCCUGGACAUUUUUUGACAUUAUAGAUUUUUGACACUAUUUGAAAUGUGAGCGAUGAAUUAAAACAUUAUAAAUAAAAUUAAUUAAAAGUGCUAGGCUCACCUAACAACUUUUAUUUUUAUAAUAUACAUAUCAAAUUUCAUAUAUUUUAAAAAGUAGGUAUAAAUAGUGAACAUUUCGACAAAUUGUAGGGGUUGAGCUUAAAUUCAAGACGAAGUGCUUUGUGUUUCACUAUGGAUGACAGUAAAACAGAGACAAUAAAUAAACAAAGACGUUGCAAAAGUGAAAUCGUGAGACAGGCUGUUUUUGCUUAUCUGGAAAAAAGGAACUAUCCAAUUGAGAAUCACGAGAAGUUAACUUUACAAGAAUUUGAAUUGAAGAAAUUAGUACAGUGUGAAGUGAGUCGUCCUAAUUCUAUACUUUAUACGUGCUUUAACAGUGAUCCUGUUAUUGAUCAAACUUUUAUGAAAUUUGUGAACUGGUUAAAAGAGUUUCCUAAAAAUCAUGAAGAUAAUAGUGAUUUGAACUCACUAGUUGGUCCCAUUUUUUGUCAUUUAUAUUUUGAAAUUUUACGUGGAGGUCAUACUGAACGAGCAUCAAAUUUCUUCACAAAUCACUUGCACUUGAUUGAUAAGCAGAUCACUAAUCAAGUAGUUCUCGAAUUAAUCAAUGCAAUUGGCAGUAACUCUGGAGAAUUACAUCAUUUAAAGGAAACUUUUCAGUCACAUAAAAUUUCCGUAUCUUUAUCAAGAGAAUCUGUUAAUUUAUUAAAACAAUUUUUAUCUGAAUCUGCACAUAUAGUUUUAUUGCAAAUACUACAAAGUUAUAUACAUAUAACUGAAUUGGAAAAGCAAAAAACAGAUGUUGAAUUUGUAAAUGAUACAUUGACCAGUAAUCAUUAUAGAACAAAAGAAAAACAUCAAAAUACUAUUAGCAAUUUACAAAAAGCAAUUUCAGUAUUGAAAGAUGAUCAAAUGCCUAUAUAUGUAACACAUCUACAAAAUGUUAAAGAUGAUGUAACAUGUGGAUUAUUAAAAAGAGAAUUUGGUACUGCUCUCUUUUGUUAUAAUAAUAAAAUAGUUGUCAGAUCUUUGAUUACUUUGAAACAAUUACCUGGAACAACCAAUUUAGAAGAUGUUGUACUUUUAGGUCAUAACAAACAAAUAUAUGAACUUUCAUUUGUUAAUCAAUUAAAAUUUGUUUUGUCAGCAUCUGAAGAUAAGACAAUUCGUUUGUUUGAUUUAAAUGAUUACACCCAAAAAAAAGUAUAUAGAGGUCAUGAAUAUCCCGUCUAUUGUGUGGACUCUUGUUCAAAUGCAAAUUAUUUUAUAUCUGGCUCUUAUGAUCAUACAGCUAGACUUUGGGUGAUUGAUCGAAAAGAUUCAUUAAGAGUGUUUGCUGGCCAUACACAAGCAGUAACUUGUGUAGGUACACAUCCAAAUUGUGCAUAUUUUGCUACAGGAUCUGCAGACAAGAAUCUUCGUCUUUGGACGCUAGAAGACAAUAUGCCUGUAAGACUAUUUUUAGGUUCCAAAGGAACAAUUUAUUCUACGAUUUUCAACAAUAAUGGAGAAUAUUUGAUUAGUGCUAGUGACGAUAAAAAGGUCAGAGUGUGGGAUCUUGUAGCUGGCAAAGAAUUAUUAGAAUUAGACACUAACUGUGAUCUUGUUUCACACCUUUUAUUAUCUAACGAUGAUAAGAUAUUGAUAACUGGUACAAAUGAUGGUAUAAUAAAGUAUUGGAAUUUUGAAGAAAUUAUUAAAAAUGAAAAGAGUGAUAAUGUUAGAGAACCAAUAAGUCAAUUUUCUGUGAAUGCAAAUCUUGUGAAUGUUGAACACUGUUUUGAUACAUUUGGGUUUCUUACUUAUCAAAGUGUAAGCUAAUAGAGAUAUGUUGUUAAGAGACUAAAAAUACUUUCUAUGUAUUGACCUUAUAAGAAAUGUAC